AUGGCAUCACUCAUCUCAAGCACAGUCUGGGUCAAACGAGGCCAACCAGCACAACAUCCCAAGAGAUACAACCUAGACAAGAAUGAACUGGAGCGAGUAUCGAGACUAGCAGGAGACAGACUGGCACAGGUCAAAGAACUAUUGGACGAACAGGUAGAGGCCGAAGAGGAGGAACUGGUCGAUGUGGAGGAGAUGAUUGCCGGCGAAGAAGAGGAUGAUGAAGAAGAAGAUAAUGAUGAGAAGAAGCAGGAGAACUCUGAUAACGAAUGGUCCGACCAGGACUCUUCAUCAGAACCAGAUAAGAUGGACCUCGACGAUCCAUCUAAGCCGACUGAUGAGAUGGCACAGUACAAUCUGGAUGACUAUGAUAAGGAAGAAUCAAAGGGCGUUUCCAUGGGCGCAUUCAGUAACAUCAAAGGUCUACAGUUCUAUCAGAAUCAGACUGAUGACCCUUAUGUGACACUAGACGAUUUGGCCAAUGAUGAAACCCACGAGCGAGAGGAGCUAGAGAUCUAUCCGACCGACAACCUGAUCAUAGCCGCAAGGACAGAGGAUGACGUCUCCCAACUGGACAUCUACGUAUACGACCAAGGAGAAGAGAACCUCUACGUCCAUCAUGAUCUCUUACUGCCCGCCAUGCCACUCUGUCUAGAAUGGAUCGACUUCUCACCAGCUGGGAUCGACUGCGACGAUCCGACGAGGAAGGGCUCCUUUAUCGCCGUGGGCACGAUGGACCCGGAGAUCGAGAUCUGGAACUUGGAUGUCGUCGACGGGCUGUAUCCCGACGCAAUCCUUGGGAAUAACAAUAACCCCUCCUCUCAAGUCGACCAACCCUCUGCAGAACAGGUCUCAGAUUCAAAUAUCCAAUCCAAGAAAGACAAAAAGAAGAAGAAGAAAAACAACAAGCCGCAACCCUCAACCCUCAAUCUUUCCCCAGCCACCCAUCACACCUCAUCAGUCCUCUCACUCUCCCACAACAAACUAGCCCGGAACCUCUUACUAUCAGCCUCAGCGGACACGACAAUCAAGUUAUGGGACCUCAACCAGGCCCCAUCCGGGCCCUCGUCGACGUUCAGUGCGAUCGAGAGCUUCCAGAUGCACACCGACAAGGUGCAGUCGGCGCAAUGGAACCCGAAGGAGGCGACGGUCGUGCUGAGCGGGGGAUGGGACGGGAUGCUGAAGGUCUGGGAUACUCGCAACUCCGGGGAGGGUGUAGAGGUGAAGGUGGAUUCAGACGUCGAGUGUCUCCGGUGGGACCCUUUUAACCCCCAGGCCUUCAUCGUCACCCUCGACAACGGCCUCAUCCAAUCAUUCGACUCGAGAAUGCUCUCCCAAUUCUCUACCACUCCCGCUAAGAAAACCGCCAAACCUCUCUGGACUCUUUCCGCCCAUGACUCAUCCGUCUCCGCUUUCGAUAUCAGCCCCGUCAUCCCUGGUUUGCUCGUCUCCGGUGGGGUCGAUAAGAUGGUCAAGGUCUGGAACCUGGAAGAUAAAUCAGGUUCACCCAAGCUCAGUAUGGUUGUCAGUCGAGAUUUAGGCGUCGGGAAAGUGUUUUCGGUGGGAUUUUGUCCAGACGAUCCCACAACAAUCGCCGUUGCGGGUUCGAAAGCAUCCCUACAGAUCUGGGACUUGGCCACCAAUAAUGGGGUCCGAAGCGUCUUCAGGGAUCGCUUGAAACAGUUCUCGUCUUCGCUCGACUUCGAGAACCGUAAACCGAUCGGAAAGGAUGGCGUGUUGAGCGUCGUGGAUGAUCUUGAAUCCGAUGAUGAUGAUAAUUAA